CUUUUCUUUAUUUUGAUUUGGUGAUGUUGUCCUUUCAUUCAUGCAUUGCCUCUGUUCAUUUGAAUCAAUGUUCUGUUGUUACUUGUUUGUAUCUUCACAGGUUUCUUCUUUUCUUUCCUGUUGUAGAAAAUUAUAUUUCCCAAUUUGAUGAUUUUGUUGUUGUUGAUGGGAUUCUGUCUGAUGCUCAAAAUGGGUCCUUUUUAAAUUUUUUUUUUAAAAAAAAAACCUAAUGUUUCAGGACAUCAAAUUUUAAUUAGGAGUAAUGUGUACUUUCUGAUAAGGACUUAAUACCUUUCAUGUUUCAUCAUUUGUCUAGUACAUAACUUGGCUGUCUAAUUAUCUGGAUUUACUUAUUGUUUUUCUAUCUUAUAUGAUGUUGUCUCAUAGCAAUCUUUUCUCUCCUUUUGUACUCUGAUGAUUCACUUUAUUUCUUUAAUAAAAACUCAUUUGAUUCUAUCAUAUGCUUGCAGACACAGAAUUACAUAUUUUAUAUCAAACCCAAAUUGAUUCCUUUCCUGAUUCAUGAUUUUGUUACCUUCCUGCUCAUUCUUGGGCCUUAAAUUGUUCAUGAUGUCAUCAAUUGGGAUAUCAUCCUGGACAGACGUUUAGUUGUAUGAUAAUAGGCUUGUGAGAACUUGAAACCACCGGAAAAUUAUUGAAAUUGGCGAGGAAACCUGCAAGAAAAUGACAUGGCAUUUUCUGCAGAAGUUCUCAUCACCUGAAGGCAACAAAAAUGAACUUUCUUCUUUUACAACUGUUUUAAUCUAUUCCUGUUCUUUCCUCAGGCUUGUAUUCUUGGUGCCUUCUCUUUGAAAUAAACAUUUACAAGUUUGGUGUUUAUAUAAAGUUGUAAUCACAAUGGGUGGUUGCGUCUCGACAGCCGACAGAAGAACAAGAUUGCAUAGGAAACGCCACUACAAAUCAACCAAACGCAGAGAAAAGCUUUCCACUGCUAUUCCUGAUGCACCUAUCAAACGGUUUAGUGAUUCUUCUGCAGUAGGAGAUUAUACCCUUAGCGAGUAUGUUCAUCUUGAUUUUGAGAAGGGUGCUGCAACUACCUGCAGAAGAUCUGAAGCUUCUAACAAGAAUUUCCAUCUAACUCAGCUACAAUGGAACCAUAGCCAAAUUGAUUCAAAUGGAAUAUGCCAAGAGGAAGUAUGGUUUGAUUCUGUCAGUAUUAUCGACUCAGAUUCGGAUGAUGACUUCAGUAGUGUGCAUGGAGAUGGUUUUGGUUCUGUUGGUAAUACAAUUGCGUAUGGAACUGCAUCACGCUUCCUAGAUACUGGAAGCAAGUAUGAGGGGUUUUAUGAAAGUUACCUGAAAAUAGACGGAGGGGUUCCUAAAGAUUAUGACAUUGCUACAAAGACGAAGAAAGUAGUUGAUGAUCCCUAUGGAAGUUUCCAAGGUCUUAAAGAGCUCACUUGUGACUCUGGAGAGAAAGUUCAAGACAUUAGAAGGAAAUCAACAGUUAUUAUGGUUUCUUUAAAGAGGAAAUCCUGCGAUGGACAGGAAAAGACCCAAUUCUCUGGUGCAGCUGGGAGAUUGGUAUAUCGCCCGAGAGCAGGAUUUCUAAUUCCAAGUUCAAAAGGAGAGAAGCCUACUCCAGGAUGUUGGUCUGAGGUUUCACCUUCAGUUUUUAAACUUCGAGGCGAGAAUUAUUUCAGAGAUAAGCAGAAGUCCCCUGCUCCAGAUUUCAGCCCCUAUAUACCAAUGGGUGCUGAUUUAUUUGCAUGCCCUCGAAAGAUAAGUCAUAUUGCUCAACACCUUGAGCUUCCUUUUGUGCAGCCACAUGAGAAUGUGCCAUCACUUCUGAUUGUUAACAUACAGCUUCCCACUUAUCCUGUCGCCAUGUUCCAAGGUGAAUGUGAUGGAGAAGGCAUGAGCCUUGUAUUAUAUUUUAGACUAUCUGAGAAUUUCGACAAAGAGAUAUCUCCUCAUUUUCAAGAGUCCAUCAAGAAACUGGUUGAAGAUGACAUGGAGAAGGUUAGAUGCUUUGCAAAGGAGUCAACAAUUCCUUACAGAGAAAGGCUAAAAAUUCUGGUAGGGCUGGUUAAUCCAGAGGACUUGCAGUUGAGUUCUACAGAAAAGAAGCUUAUAAAUGCUUAUAAUGACAAGCCAGUUCUUUCACGCCCUCAGCACGAGUUCCACAGGGGACCCAAUUAUUUGGAGAUCGACUUAGAUAUACACCGGUUCAGCUACAUAUCUCGAAAAGGACUUGAAGCUUUCAGAGAUCGUAUGAAGGAUGGGAUAGCUAAUGUGGGAUUAACAAUUCAGGCACAAAAACCAGAGGAACUGCCAGAGCAAGCUCUAUGCUGUGUGCGUUUGAAUAAGAUUGAUUUAGUUAAUCGUGGCCAAAUACCCACCAUCGUAACUAGAGAUGAUUGAUUUUUUUUACACUUUCAGAUUAAGUCCUCUGCAACAAAAUUAUUCUGCCAUACAAAUCCAUUAAGAGAUGUAUUUUGUAGUAGAAACAUGACCAUCGUCACCAGCACAGAUGGCCAAAAAAAUGGAAAAGAAAAUUCCUCUUCUGCUUUUUUUUUUUUUAAUGGGGUUUAUAUCUUUGAACAAAAAAGUGAAUUCUUCUCAAUUUUAUCCAUAAUUCUGUAUUAUUUUUUCUAUUUCAUUAUGAUAAUGAAAUUUGUAAGAACAAAGGAUUGGAAAUCAACUCUGGGAGAUAAGUUUGAUUUUUUUCAACUAUAAAAACCCGGCUAUGGUCCAAUUCAGAUUCAUAACCGGACUGUUUUCUCCAUCUGCUUAAACUCUAUCGGAUCUAAGAUGAUCCUGUUCAUACCGACUUUAGAUUGCAGAGGCCAUGAUUGAAUUCAAGUUAUAAACUUCCAUGGCAGCUAUAGUACGGCACAGGAACACAGCAAAGCCCAAAAAUUAUUAUUUUUU